UCAUCCAGCUGUCAACCACGGGGCGCAGGCGCCCUGCUCUUCAUUCCAGCAGCGCAGGACGCUCGCUCAGUGCUUAACUAACCACACCUCCAAUGGUGCAAGUUCGACUUAUGAACGUAAAUAACAGUACAACACCAGACGUAAUACAGCAAUUUCUGCAGAGCCCACAGGACCGGGUAAUCUCUGCUUCCUUCCUCGGCGCGGUCCUACUAUGCUCGACAUUCCUCUUCGUACGCGCACUGCUCCAUGCUCUUCUCGGACAUCGAAUACGACGGAAUGCGGCUCAUACAUUGGGGACACUAUCAGAUCGUUUAGCGAGGCUAGAGGCGAAUGAGCAAUUGCCCCGAGAUGAUCUGAGGGAUGUGUUGGCCAGGGCGUUGGGUGGGAGGGCUGGGUGGGUGUAUGAUUCCAAAGCGUACAACAUCAGAGUGGCGUUGAUGAUCAUCUUCAUCGGCUUGGCGAGUAUAUCUGGCCUCGUUCAGCUUGUCGAUUUCCCAGUAGGUUCUUCCAUCGCAUGCGCAUUCUUCACGGCAUUCGGUAACAUCUGCAUCGAAGCCGCGUACGUGUGCGCUCUGUACGAGCUCUCUGUCGAGCUGGGGUCUUUGGGCAUAUCUAAGUGGGAAGUGAUCCCCUUUCGGAUCGUGAUCAUCGCUCCCCUCAUCAUGUGCAUCGCAUCACAAGUUCUCCGAAUUGGCAUAGUCUCGGGUUUGCCUGCACCUUUACCUACCAAUGUUGGCUUUUGUUCACGUCAACGAUUCGUUCCGCUCGCAGCAGCAAUCGCGGGCGUCAACCUAGCUUUCGACAUCUACUUCUUUGUCCGCUUCUACGGCACGUUAGUACCGUCAUUCCUCCUCCUGCGCCAUCGACUGGAAGCGAUGAUCGACGUCCGCUUCGCCUGGGUGCUAAGCCUCGUCGUUCUCGAGCUCUUCAUCUGCGUUCCAACGUUGACAGUGACGAGCCCAACAGCACAAGACGUGCCUUUCUCCAUAGGCGCCAUCAUCCUCCUCAUAGCGUUCAACUUCCGUCCCAUGCCCGAAGGGGCGCUGUCACCAGACUCCCCCGUCGCCUCGGACGCGGCCACCGCCCGGUCUACAGGGCGGAACGUCGAGCGGAACAUCGAGACGGCGUCUACAUCGUCCAAGUAUGCGAUAGAGGACUACGGGCGGGGAGGGUACGAAGAAUACAAACAACGGUGGAGUGGACCGGGGAUGGGUUCAUCAAAGUCUACCCCAGGGCCAAAACGGUCCAGCAUGCGUCAGUCCGGCGGAGUAGAGAAACACGUAUCGAUGCAAGUCCCGGGGGAGACGCCGCCCAUGCCUCCCAUGCCGCCCGUCCUGCCCAUGCCUGCUGCCGUCUCUCCCAUGCCUGCCGUCCCACCCGUUGCCUUUUUGCCCGAGUCUGCCAAACCGUGCAAGGUUCCCAUCAGCGAGGCCUUUCCGCCCGUGUAUGCCAAACCGCACAAGGCUCCCAUCAGCGAGGCCGUUUCGCCCGUGUAUGCCAAACCGUACAAGGCUCCCAUCAGCGCGGCCUUUUCGCCCUCGCCCCUAUCUGCCAAACCGCACAAUGCUCCCAUCAACCCGGCCUUUUCGCCCUCGCCCGUAUCUGCCGAGGCUCCCAUCAGCCCGGCCUUUUCGCCCCCGCCCGUAUCUGCCGAACCGCACAAGGCGGCCUUUUCGCCCUCGCCCGUAUCUGCCAAACCGCACAAGGCGGCCUUUUCGUCGCCCGUAUCUGCCAAACCGCACAAGGCAGCCUUUUCGCCCUCGUCCGUGUAUGCCAAACCGCACAAGGCUCCCAUCAGCCCGGCCUUUUCGCCCUCGCCCGUGUCUGCCAAACCGAGCAAGGCUCCCAUCAGCGCGGCCCUUCCGCCCCUGUCUGCCAAACCGUACAAGGCUCCCCUCAGCGCGUCAGACCUUGCGAGAGAGAAGCGAGGGAAGCGGCCCGCCGUGCCCGACCCUAUCCCGGAAAGCUUGCCCACGCGCGUCGAGAUCCUUUCGCCUGGCACACAGAGAGUACGCAGUAAACGGUAUCCUAUUGUCGUCCCUGGCCGGUCGUCACAGACUAUGGCAGACGCGAUCAACGCCCAGGCCCAGGCUGGCUCGUCGAUCCCUCGCCCACUCCUUCUCCCCUCCUUAAGGGAACACGUGGUUGGUUCUUCCUCGUCGGGGUCGGGGUCGAAGCGCGGCUCAGUCCAGAGCUCGCCAAGACGACACAGCAGGCCUAAGCUGUACGUGUACAUCCCUGGUACGCCGCCUGCGUCCGCUCCGGUAUCACAACCAGUGCGACAACCAGUGCCAGUGCCAGCACCGCAUCCAGCACCGUCCGUCGCUCGAGCCCCCCGCCAGCGCACACCCGAGCUAGACCCAAUGCAAGCGAUCGUUUCCCAACUCGCCGAAGCUCGCAAUUCCGCCACCGACGAGAGGCCCAGCCCGAGCUCAUCGGCUAGCGACCGCCGGCGGUGUCGGCGGUCCUCAACAGCGCACGCAUUGGCCAUCGUCACCCGUUCUCAGAGCGGGCAUACCCAGAAACGGAUCGAGAUCGGGGACCGGGGAGAGGUGACGAUCCAGCUCCGGACAAGGCCCGCUCCGCGUAGUACGAGCCUGAGGCAGCAGGAGAGAGACAUGAGCAUGAGUAGUAGCGAGAGGGAGGGUGUCACUUCCCCCAAACCUAGAGGUCCUAGGCAGCCUGCGAGCGCGAGAUUGCCAAGUGCGCAGAGGACGGCUCCUGCUAUUGGACAGCUGCCGUUUGAGAGACGGGCUGAGUGGCUAUAGUGCUUUGCUUUGCUUUAAUGUGGGUUGGCCCGGGUCGUUCGUAGAGUCUGUAUGUCCUUAAUCAAUGGGUGUUGUACU